GAACCAAAAACAUCACGCCCAUUUACUGGCUUUUACUAAGCGCUGUUCAUUCACAGUAACAAACACUGUAAAGUAAAUACACUAAGAGAUGGAGACAUUACACAGUGUCCUGGGCUUUGAGUGGAUGGACAGCAGGAGUAUUUUGAUAUUUCUGUGUGUCUUUCUGUUGUUGGCUCAUGUUUUGAAGAACAGAGUGCCACCAAACUUUCCUCCAGGACCGUGGGCUCUUCCUUUCAUUGGCGACCUUCAUCGCAUUGAUCCCAGCAGAAUCCACCUGCAGAUGGGAGAGUUUGCAGAGAAAUAUGGAAACAUUUUCAGCCUCCAGAUCUUUGGUGGAAGAGUUGUAGUCCUAUAUGGCUACAAGCUCGUGAGAGAGGCCCUGGUCCAAAGAGGAGAGGACUACACAGAUCGCCCCUCUGUGCCAUUGUUUGAAGCAUUAUAUCGGAGUAAAGGUCUGGUGGGACAAAAUGGCCCUCCAUGGAAGGAGCAGAGGAGAUUUGCUCUUCGUACACUCAAAAACUUCGGUUUGGGCAAGAAGACGCUGGAGACAUCCAUCCAGCAGGAGUGCCAUUAUCUCACUGAGGCUUUUGCCCUUCAGCAAGGGAAGCCGUUUAACGCCCAGUCACUGCUAAACAACGCUGUGUCCAACAUCAUCUGCUGCCUGGUGUUUGGAGAACGCUUUGAGUACACUGAUAAGCACUACCAGAGUAUUCUUCAGAACUUCAGUGAGCUAGUGCACUUAGAGGGAGGUGUGUGGGCACAGAUUUAUAACGCAGUACCCUGGCUGAUGAAGUGGCUGCCUGGACCUCACAGGAAGAUAUUCACUAUGACACAAUAUAUGAUUGACUUUGUACAAGCCAAGGUCAGUGAACACAGAGGGAGCUUUGACCCGUCCUCACCAAGAGACUACAUCGACUGCUUCCUCGCUGAGAUGGAAGAGAUGAAGGACAAAGAUUCUGGUUUUGAUUUGGAGAAUUUGAGUAUUUGCGCUCUGGACUUGUUUGGUGCUGGAACUGAAACCACGACCACGACUUUACACUGGGGACUGCUGUACAUGAUCUACUACCCUCACAUACAAGAGAGAGUCCAGGCUGAGAUAGAUACUGUCAUUGGUUCAUCCAAACAGCCCUCGAUGACUGACCGAGAAAACAUGCCCUAUACUGAUGCCGUCAUCCAUGAGAUCCAGAGAAUGGCUGACAUCAUUCCCCUCAAUUUGCUCCACAUGACAAACAAAGACACCACACUGGACAAGUACACACUGCCAAAGGGCACCCCUGUCCUGCCCACGCUGACCUCAGUUCUACGUGAUGAGACGAUGUGGGAAACUCCACACUCCUUCAACCCUCAACAUUUUCUGGACCAGGACGGCAAAUUUAGGAAGAGAGAGGCCUUCCUCCCCUUUUCAGCGGGUAAGCGUGUGUGUCUCGGGGAGCAGCUGGCCAGGAUGGAGUUAUUCCUCUUCUUCACCUCCCUCCUUCAGAGGUUUUCUUUCUCAGCACCUGCUGGAGAGCAGCCCAGUCUGGAUUACAAGUUAGGAGCCACUCUGUGUCCCAAACCUUACCGCCUCUGUGCCAUACCACGAUAAUCCACCGCCUGCCCCAAACUGAACCAUCAUCAACACAAAGAGUCCAUGUGUCUAACUACAGUUAUCUUGUAAUGCAUCAAAAAGUGGUUAUAAUGAAAGAUAAAUAAAUGUCUUCCUCUUUCUUUAAUAGGUUGUGUGACUGUUGUUAGGAUGGUGGUUCUUCCUACAUUACUUUAAUCUUUUUAAGAACAUUCCUAUCUACUUCUUAAGACUCUAGACUCCGUCAUUAUGCCCUUUGUCUGGGCCAACAAGCCUUCUUGCAUCUCUAAGACACACCUACAGAAACCCACGGCUGAACGGGGUCUUUGCCUCCCUGUGUUUUGAUAUUAUUAUUGCUGGGUCUUUGAACAGAGAAUCUCACACACUGCGCUUGCUCAGCUUCACAAUUUAUAAGUAAGAUUAACAUUUUGGUCCUCCUGAACCUUUAUCAACAGUGUUCCACACAAUUAUUUCCAACACUGAGCUUAAAUAGAAACUGCUCCAUUAGCAUUAAGAGAACUCUGAGCAGCUUGAAAAAAUAAAAUGCCUACUCAAUACGACUGCUGUGAAAUAACAUGAUCCUGAAAGAGACAGUUGGUGCUUCUCAAAGUCAAGGAAGGAUCUUUAAAUGGCUUAUUGAAUCCUGCCGCAGGUCUCUUUCAAUGUCAAGGAUCCUAUAAAUACGAGGACACGGUCCUUUCUUCAGAGAAUUUUCAAGGAUGCAUUAUGUAUCCUUAGUAGGCAUGAUGUACCCACAAUUCUUUGCAAAAGCUUUGCCAGAAUUGAAGGCGGGGCCUCUUCAAUGAGCACACCUGGGUACUUGUUAGCCUGCUCUGGUGUAUCUUUACUGAAUGCUAGGGAGGAGUUGAACCUAUCCUCUGUAGGACCUGACUUUGUAGCACCUGUCCUACCAAGGAAACAUCCUUGACUUUGAGAAGCAAUAAUAGCUGUGCAUUUUUUCAAUUUUUGGUGCUUUAAGCAACACAAGCUGAGUGCAAUUUAGUUCCAUUAUAUUUAAGUGAAGGCAGACAUCUCUUAAAUCUCUUAUAUCUCCAACACUUUGCUACUCACACCAAAAUAUGCUCGGAAAAAUAGGUAUUUUGUACGGUGGUGAGAAACGCACUGCAGAAAACAAAUGCAAAGGGAAAAUGCUGCAAAUACAGCCCGCCACUGAUCAAUAAAGUAUCCAACCAUAUGUGGAGACAAGGUCGAAAAUAAACUAACAUUUAAUGCAUUCAAACUCCUGGGUAAGUAACGUUAGUUACAGUAACGUUAGCUAACAUUACUACGGAUACACUACUUGUGUAGAACUCAAAGUCUCUAGCACGCUUACGUCAGCUGUGUAAAUCAGCUUCACUUUCGUGAUACGGUAAAAGAUGAGGGCCACAUGUGAAAAACAAGAAACAAAGAAAAAUAAAAAAGACUACGUACCUUUCAGCGUUGCCUGUCCCGGCUCCAACUUUCCUCCAAACAUAACUUUCUUCUUCUCGCUCACUCGUCUGUCUCACAGGUGGAAGCUCAGCACUGCCCCUAGAGGCCUGGAGCACUUCUGUUGUAUGAGUGAAUAUGCAGCGUUUUCUUUUUGCAGUUGUUUUCUUAUUUGCAGCACGUUUCUGUAUAUGCAGCGUUUUCCCGUUGCAUUUGUUUUCUCAUAUGCAGCGCGUUUCUCUAUUUGCAUCGCGUUUGUCCUUGUCAGCCACUGUAAUUUUUUGAUUUGGGGGUGAACAUAGAUUGUAAAUAAAGAUAUAUAUACUGUCCCCUCAACCAUCAAAACACAAUCAACUAAUAAAUGAUUAUGUAUUAUGAAAGAUAAAGCUACCCAAUAGUUAAAAUCAGCUCAACCUUUACUUGCUGCAACAUUAAAGUAAUGCGUAAACAUUAUAACAAUAAUUUUAUAUAACUUUAACUUGUUAUAUUCAUAUAUAUCCAUAUCUAUCUAUCUAUCUAUCUAUCUAUCUGUAUAUAUGUAUAUAUGUAUAUAUAUGUAUAUACA